AUUAAAGGAACAAAGGGACAGGUAACACGGGCAGAAAUUCUUCAAGAAGGCCUUCGGGAAUUACUGAAUGCUCUCUUCUCUAACCCUGUGGACAGUAAUUUGAUAUGUGCAGUGAAACUGCUGAAGUUGACAGGCUCUAGAAGAUGCGAUGCCUGGAAAGACAAGGGAAAGAAUGAUAUGGAAGAAAUGAUUCAGAGAAUUGAAAAUGUUGUGUUGGAUGCAAACUGUAGCAGAGAUGUGAAACAUACGCUUCUGAAACUAGUAGAACUACGAUCAAGUAACUGGGGUAGAGUUCAUGGAACAACUCCACACACAGAAGCUACCCCUGAAAAUGACCCAAACUACUUUAUGAAUGAGCCAACGUUUUACACUUCUGAUGGUGUUCCUUUCACUGCAGCAGACCCAGAUUAUCAUGAAAAAUAUCAAGAACUACUUGAAAGAGAGGAUUUGUUUCCAUAUUAUGAAGAAAAUGGAGCAGAUCUAUCAGGACCUGGAGAUUUGUAUUUUGAUGAGGUUGAUGAUGAGAUGGAUCCAGAAAUUGAAGAAGCCUUUGAAAAAUUCUGUCUAGAAUCAGAGCACAAGAGAAAACAAUGAGAUGUUACACACUAAUGUUAGUUUACUAAACCAGGUUAGUUUACUAAACUGGUAUGGUUAGAGUACAGGGGGACACAAAACAUUUGUACCAAAAUGAGGAACUUGAGUUUCUCCAAGCACUAAAGUUACACAGUUUCCAUUUUGUUUAACAGAAUCUGCCAAAAAUUGUAAACUUAUGCCCUGUAACUUAAAAUGUUGUGUAUAUAUCAUAGUUUAUUUUAUGAAUAAUGUUUUUGGAACACUGUUUUGGCUGCAAUAAAAAUGAUUUUGAAAUUAUAAUUGAAAUUAAAGUUUAAUGGAGAGCUGUCCCAUAAAAUUUCC